AUCUUCACAGCUGCGCUUCCAAAACAAACAAAGAAAAGGUUUACUUUCCUUGCUAUUGUUGUCACCUUUCACGUGGUUCUUGUCGUGGCCACCCACCCUUGCAAUUAGUUUUCAGUUCAAAAUUUUGUUUUGAUGCAUGCACUCAUCCAGAUAUUUUCCGGAUUCAAGGAUAAUUUGGCUUAACUGGUAAUUCAAGAGAGAAGGAACAGACGAUGGUUCGAAAGACUUACAGUAACUGAGUGGAAGUUUCCCCGUUUCUAUUUUGGCUGAUCUGUGAUACACUGAAAAGACUUAGAAAACGACUGAACCUGCGUUUAUCGUAUCCAUCGAGACUGAAUUACUAGCAAUGAGUAAUUAUUCAAACAGGAGUGCCGACAACCUCACCACUUCGACGAGAGAACUUACCUCCUACAACUGUCCGUUCUUAGGCGACACAACCGCCAUCAAAGGAGUCAAAAUAUUUUUUUAUUGCCUCGUUCUGCUCAUAGCAGUCAUCGGAAACUCCUUGCUCAUUGGUGUUAUUAAGAGGAACAAGAAGAUGCAAACUGUCACCAAUUACCUAAUUGCUAAUAUGGCUGUCGCAGACAUAUUGACAACGCUAGUAGCUGCACCCCGGCACAUAACUUACACAAUGUUAGAACCUGAGAGGUGGUUGUUUGGCGGAAUAUUUGGCUCAAUCCUAUGCAAAAGUUUGUCUUUCUUUCAAGAUGUCUCAACCGCAGUGUCAAUUUUCAGCAUUUUAGCCAUAGCUAUAGACAGGUACAAAGGAAUUGUAUUUCCAUUACGUGAAACGAAUAUAAGGCCGACGAAAAGCUGUAAAAUUAUCCUACCACUUAUUUGGAUAGUUCCAGCGGGCAUUCAUGUGGUUUACUUUUAUGUGUUUCACACAUUUACACGUGACAAGAAAGUGUAUUGUGUUAUCGAUUGGGGGCCAACAUUCGACGCGAAAAAACCUGUGGAAAUCUACUUCAUUGUAAUGGUAACUUGUGAAAUUUAUAUACCACUGUGUUUAAUCAUAUGGCUGUAUUGCGCCAUCAUCGUGAAUCUCAAACGAAGCGCAAUAAGGAGAAACAGGGGUCCUGCAAGCUGUAGAACUUUGAGAAGAAUAAAGGAGGACAGAAAAGUUGUGAACAACAUCGCUGCAAUUGUCAUUGCUUUCAUGGUUUCGUCGAUACCACUCAAUGUCAUUGGUAUUUUAUAUUAUUUCGUAUGGGAUUGGAAAAUACCCUGCGGCGCUGAAAACUUUACCUUCGCGGCCCACAUUAUUUUUUAUUCCAAUCCUUCAGUGAAUCCGUGCAUAUAUUUCGUUUUGAAUGAUAAAUAUCGCCACGGUCUGGUGAGGCUGUUCAAGACAAUGGUUUUUAUCAAGAAGAUCGAAAACACUGACUCAAAAACGUCCGAAAGAGAAACAUUGAAUCAAAAAACAUGGUCAUCUACUUUUGUUUAAAGCAAUAAAUAUUUCAGCUUGAGGACAUAAAAUUAUCAAAAUUGGAUGAGAACCACUGCGUUGAACUUUGUAAAAAACAUCACCAGAGAGCACAACUUAAUCACCUUUAAGUCUGGCACUGAGCGGUUCAUCAGAAACAAAAUUAUAAGAGAGCUAACGACAAAACCGAGUAAAUGUUUAAUGUUCGCUACGAUCUUAUCGAGCAAUUAGCCAACUCUGUUGACUCCGAUAGCCUGUUCUGUAAACAAACUAACAAAAUUCAUCCGUAUCAAAACAAGUGCGUUGGUGUAGUACUUCAUCUUAUCACAAGUACGAACGUUUAUCGACUGAUAAAAAAAUAAUUAAAUGACGGGUAGAGAAUGAUAAAUAUUUCCGAAAGAAAAGAUGAUUGAAAACGAAAGACAUACCUGAAAAAGGAUUGCUUACUCCUACAUGAGCCCAAACUGCUUGCAAUUUAACU